AUGUCGCUGGUGGUAGAAGAGGGCGUCGAGUUGCUCAGGCUCAUAUACAGCGAAGCCAAAGAUGAGCUGAAGCGUGACAAUAAAAACAAUAAUGAACAGAUGUUACUGGAGGUAGUGGAGGAAAUCAGGCUUGCCCUGCAGCGCUGCAGCUGGUGCGACGUUUCACCGUACAGUCAAUGUGAGUCAUGCUCCGACAGCCAAAGCAAUACCUCAGUGCAAGAUUUGCCGUCGCCUGCAGAUAUCAUGGAUGCGCAUUUUUAA